AUGAAUGUUCAGUGGGUUAAUAGUCAGUUUUUACUUACUCUCUCUCUCUCACUAACAAGAUGGCUACUUUUUUUUAUUCUUAUCUAUUUAAAAUUACUUUGUCUUCAACUUUUGGAGCUGCGGACAAACAAUUAUGAACUUGAUAGCAAAUGCAAGCGCCAAGAACGUGAAUAUUUCGGUCUGAAAGAGAAGUAUGAGGAAUGUGAAAAAGAACUACAAAGAGCAUAUAAAGCUAUCAAUAAAAGCAAGAGGGCAAAGGAUGUGGAGAUCUUGAUUCAAGAAAAUGAUGCUUUGCAGAGAAAGCUGCAAAGUCAGGAGGAUGAAUUUCGAUUACAAAAUGAAACUCUCAUGCAAGAGUUAUCACACCUGGUUGCCAGUAAUGAAGCCUUUGAAAAACGGCUGAAUAGUUCAAAUGAUAAAAAGGAGGAACAAGCAACAACAUCCGUUUCCAAGACAGAAGUGGCAGAACUCGGCGAUGAAGUCAGACGUCUUCAGGCCCUCAACAUGGCACUACAAAAAAACUUGAAAGGUUGCCAGGAUCGAUAUGAAAAACAACUCUUGAGUUUGAAACAACAGUUGAAAUUAAAUGGUUCUUCAACAAGCAGUACUCCUCCUCAGGAAGAGAAUGACAACCAUCAAGUGGAUGGAGGAAGUGGCAUUUCCCCUCAAUUGUCAUCUGAUGAAAAUUUUCAUGAUUGUCAAGAUACGCUUGGUGAAGACAUACUUAACAAUGAGAAAUUGCAAAAUAUAUUGCAAUCUCCCUCAAAGGAAGAUUACAUCAAAGAUUUAAAUGCUUUGCGAUUAAAUCUGGACACAGAACUUGAAGAGAAUCGAAUUCUUAAAGAACAGCUGAUCAAUACUGAGAAAAAAUUCAAGUCCCAAGUUAUCUCCCUUGAAGAAGAAAUUGAAAAGCUCACAGAAAAACUCAAGAAAAAACAAGAAAGUUAUGUUCACUUACAAGAAGAAAAGGAACAUUAUUUCAAAGAAGCAGAGAGCAAAUUGGAACAACUUCAGGCUGCCAGAGACCGAGACCAAAAAUAUUACUGUGAUCACAUCAAUAAACUGCAAACAGAAUUAGAAUCCAAGCGACAGGCUUUGGAUACCUCACAGCAUUCUUCUAUUUUGAGAAUCAAAGAACUCGAAGAACUGGUGAUAACUUUACAACAACAGGUUGAUGCUACAAACAUUGUCAACACACAGCAGUUGGAUGAUAUGGAACAGAAAUACCGUCAGAAAAUCAAUGCCUUGGAGACGCAGUUAGCGGCCCAGGCUCAACAGCUUGAUGACUAUAAGGUCCAACUGCAGGAAAGUCAAAGAGCAAGCGAACACACUUUGGAAAUGUUGCAUGCAGCACAGCAAGAAAGAGAUACACAAAUUCAAUCCUUACAAGAAAUCAGCAAGGUUGCUGAAAAGCGUAAAUGCUUACUUGAUGACUUGGCAAUCAAGUAUCAGAAGGAAUGUGAUUCUCAUCGAGAACUUGUCCAGCAGAUGACUCAAGAUCAUGAAGCUGAGAUCAACAAGUUGGAAGACAUGCUCUCUCAGGAGAGGGUAAGUAUUUUUCUUUUCUCCUCUCUUUUCUUUUCUCCUCUCUUUUCUUUUCUCCUCUCUUUUCUUUUCUCCUCUCUUUUCUUUUCUCCUCUCUUUCUUUUCUCCUCUCUUUCUUUUCUCCUCUCUUUCUUUUCUCCUCUCUUUCUUUUCUCCUCUCUUUCUUUUCUCCUCUCUUUCUUUUCUCCUCUCUUUCUUUUCUCCUCUUUCUUUUUCUCCUCUUUCUUUUCUCCUCUCUUUCUUUUCUCCUCUCUUUCUUUUCUCCUCUCUUUCUCUUCUCCUCUCUUUCUCUUCUCCUCUCUUUCUCUUCUCCUCUCUUUCUCUUCUCCUCUCUUUCUCUUCUCCUCUCUUUCUCUUCUCCUCUCUUUCUCUUCUCCUCUCUUUCUCUUCUCCUCUUCUCUUCUCCUCUCUUUCUCUCUCCUCUCUUUCUCUUCUCCUCUCUUUCUCUUCUCUCUUUCUUUCUUUUCUCCUCUCUUUCUUUUCUCUCUUUCUCUUCUCUCUUUCUUUCUUUUCUUUCUUCUCUUUCUUUCUUUUCUUUCUUCUCUUUCUUUCUUCUCUUUCUUCUCUUUCUUUCUUCUCUUUCUUCUCUUUACUCUUUUCCUUUUCUCUCCUUUUCUUUGUCUUUUGUUUCCUUUUCAAAUGAUAUUAUUAAACACGUAA